AUGCCCAUCCGGCCAGAAGACCAGAUCACCUGGGGCGGAGUGCUGCUCCCUCGAAUCGAGACCUUGGAGCCAAGGAUCCGCGGAGUAGCACUCGAGCGCUACUAUUUGCCCAAACUGGCCGAGAAUGGCUAUGCGCAAGCUCCUCAGCUCCUGAAGAGGCACUGCUUCGAGGGCACUGAGUCGCUUGAAGGGCUUCUUGUGGUUGGUCAGGUGCCACCCGGUCAUCGACCGUGUAAUCGAAGCGGCGCAAGUCCCGCGCGACCGUCGGCAGCAACGUGCGCGGGGGACCGAGCCGGAAGUCGUUUUGCAUUGCCACAAGAGCAUUUCCAGCGAGCAUUGCUUAAAGACAUCCCAUGA